GGUUUUCCGACCCACCCUCCACCUUUUUGAACGCCCCGAGCUCCUCCCCCCGCCCGUUAAAUGGGGCCCGACCGGACCCGCGGCCACGGGCGGCGGCGGCGCCGGGAACGCCAGGGCGGAGCGGGAUCGGCAGCGGGGCCAGCACGGGCACCGGGAUCCGCUCCGGGACUGACCGGUACCGGCACCGGCACCGAGCGCCCGGAUCCCUCCGAGCCCCGGCUCCGCUCCCGGAGCUCCAGGACACGAACCCCGAUCGGAAAACCAGGAUAGAGGCCAAGGCAGAGCCCGGAGCCGGCGGAAAGGAGCCAGGAAACACCGGGAUGGGACCCGGCAGCACCGGGACAAGAGCGGGAACAGCCGGGACCAGCGCGCGUAGACCGGGAAGCGCCGGGACGCGGUCCGGGACCACCGGGAUCCUCCUGCUCCUUCUGGGAGCGGCGGCCGUGAGGGCGACACCGAGCGCAGAGCCCCCGCCCUGCGCCGCGGACCAGCUGCGCUGCGGGGACGGCUCGUGCCUGUCGCGAUCCUUCGCCUGCGACGGGGACCGCGACUGUCCCGACGGGGAGGACGAGCUGGGCUGCGGCCCGCCGCCGCCCUGCGCCGCCUCCUUCUUCCAAUGUCGCGACGGGAGCUGCAUCCCGGGGCUGUGGCGCUGCGACGGCGACCCGGACUGUCGCGACGGGCACGACGAGGAUCCCGGCAUGUGCGGGACCCCCCGGCCCCCCCGCGCCUGCCCCUCCCUGCAGUUCCCCUGCGGCUCCGGCGAGUGCGUCCACCGGCGGUGGCGCUGCGACGGGACCCCCGACUGUCGCGACAGCUCCGACGAGGAGGGGUGUGCCGCGCCCCCCCCGUGUCCCUCCGGGCAGCUCCGAUGUCGCGACGGGCGCUGCAUCCCCGCGGCCCGAGCCUGUGACGGGACCCCCGACUGUCGCGACGGUGACGACGAGGAGGAGUGUCCCGCCGCCCCGUCGUGUCCCGCCCCGCACUGGUUCCGCUGCCGCUCGGGGGAGUGUAUCGCGACAGCGCAGGUCUGCGAUGGGCGGCGCCACUGUCGCGACUGGUCCGACGAGCCGCUCAAGGAGUGCGGGGUGAACGAGUGCCUGGUGGGGGGCGGGGGCUGCUCCCACGGCUGCCGGGACCUGCGGGUGGGCUUCGAGUGCCUGUGCCCCCCUGGCUUCAGCCUGGACCCCGACAGGAGGACGUGCCACGGCCCCCCCGGGACCCUCCUGGUGAGCACCCGGCACCAGGUGCUGGCGCUGGGGGGCCCCGAACCCCAAAUCCUGCGGGGGCCCCUCAAGCACGUGGCUGCGCUGGACGUCGGCGUUGAGGAGGGGUCUCUGUUCUGGGGGGACCCCAGCGAGGGGCUCAUCUACAGAGCCCCCCUGGCCGCAGGCCCGGCCGUGCCCCUGGCGGUGGUCCCGGGGCCGGGGUCCCCGGCAGGGCUGGCCCUGGACUGGAUCCACCGGCUGCUCUACUGGACCGAGCCCGGCUCCGGCCGCGUGGCCGUCGGCGACACCGCGGGGACGCGGCACCGGACGCUGCACCGGGACCCCCGCGCGCGGCCCUGGGCGGUGGUGGUGGACCCCCUGAACGGGUACCUGUACUGGUCAGACUGGGGGUCCCACCCCCACAUCGCCCAGGGGGCCCAGGAUGGAGCCCCCCCCAAGGCCCUGGUGACCGAGGACGUGGAGCGGCCCCAGGGGCUGGCGCUGGACCAGUCCUCCCAGCGCCUGUACUGGACCGAUGGCCGCCUCCACACCGUGUCCAGCGUGGCCCUGGACGGCAGCGGCCGCCGGACGCACCUGAGGGACCCCCAGCACCUGGCGCAGCCCCUCGGCCUCGCCGUCUUCCAGGACUGGGCCUUCUGGACUGACCCCCACCGUGGCUCCCUGGUGGCCACACGGCUCGGGGGGGGGGGCUCGCCCGCCCCCCAGGUGGUGGCCCAGGAGCUUUUCAGCCCCGAGGCCGUUGUGAUUCUGCAUGUGGGGAGGCAGCCAGCAGGCCCCAACCGCUGCGAGGGUCCCGGGGGUCUCUGCUCCUUCCUGUGCCUCCCCUCCCCCGCCCGCGGCCCCGGCUCCCCCCGGUUCAGCUGCACCUGCCCCGACGGGCAGCACCUGGACAGUGACGGACACACCUGUGUCACAGAGCCCCUCGGGACCCUUGAGCCUCUCACCCGGAACUUCAGCAGGGAGGGAAACGCCUCGACAGAUGUCCCCCCCGCUGGGGGGGCCCGGCCAGGAAUGACGGCGCUCGGGGUCCUGCUGCCCCUCGGGCUGGUGCUGUGCCUGGGCGCGGCGGGCAGGGCGCUGCGGCGGGAGUGGCGGCGGCGCAGCACCAAGAGCAUCAGCUUCACCAACGCCACGUUCCGGAAAGGGCCCGCGGACCCCCUGGAUGGGGGCGGGCUUGGGGACCCCCUGCGGCCGCUGACGUCGGAGGACGAGGAGCCCUGAGGGUCUGGGGCAGCCGAGAGCCCCCUGGGGUGGGGGCAGCCACACCUGGAGCAGCUGCGUGCAUGUGGACACACCUGGGCACAGCUGGGCACAGCUGGGAAUAGCUGUGCACGUUCGGCCGUGGCUGUAGACACACCUGGGAACACCUGUCAACACCCAGGCACAGCUGGACAUGAGUGCAGACACACCUGUGCACACCUGUGCACACCUGGACAUCAGUGCAGACACACCUGUGCACACCUGUGCACACCUGGACAUGAGUGCACACACACCUGUGCACACCUGGACCUGGCUGUGCACACCUGGACAGGGCUGUGUACACCUGGACAUGAGUGCACACACACCUGUGCAUACCUGUGCACACCUCUGCACACUUGGACAUGAGUGCAGACACACCUGCAUACACCUGUGCACAUGUGUACACACCUGGACAGGGCUGUGUGCACCUGGACAUGGCUGUGUACACCUGGACAUGAGUGCACACACACCUGUGCACACCUGGACCUGGCUGUGCACACCUGGACAUGGCUGUGCGCACCUGGACAUCAGUGAAGACACACCUGUGCACACCUGUGCACACCUGGACAGGGCUGUGUACACCUGGACAGGGCUGUGUUCACCUGGACAUGACUGCAGACACACCUGCACACACCUGUGCACACCUGGACAGGGCUGUGCACACCUGGACAUCAGUGCAGACACACCUGUGCACACCUGGACACACCUGUGCACUGCUGUCCAUGCUUGUUCACGGCUGUCCAGGUGCCCUAAGUGACCUUGGGGCAGUUUGGGUUUUUUUUUACCAAAACACUGUGAAUUUGCCCAGAUUGAGGCCCCGGGAAUUGGGCGGGGCCAACGGGACCCGACCCUUCGCCCAUCAAUAAAGUUUUAUUUAUUGA